AUGUUCCGUAGACCCCUCACCAUUGCACCCCGCGCCGGCGUGCGACUCGCCUCAACUUCCUCCUCCUCCUCCUCCAACCCUGGCCAGCGACGUCUCUUCUCAAGCAGAAAUGUGCUCGCCGCCGCCGCACUCGCCGGUGGUGCCGUCGCUACCUACACCCUCACACCCAGCAUCUACGCCGAUGCUCCCGACACUGUUCCCGGUGACACCCGCCCACACCCUCUCUGGUCGCCUCCCACUCGAGCUCAGAUGCUCGAGGCAUUGAGGCAAUCUUCCGCCAAGUCUCUACGACCUAUCGCUUCCCGUGCCAAGUCGGACGACUCGAGCCUCUUGCCUCUUGCCAAGGACGCCAAGUCUAGCAGCCCUAGCCCUGCUGCUUCUGAACAGUCGACAGGUGCAUCUCGAAGCGGCGACCAAGAUGGUCAAGGUUUCGACAUUCUUGUUGUCGGAGGUGGUGCCACUGGUGCUGGUGUCGCUCUUGAUGCUGCCACCCGUGGACUUAGUGUGGCCAUGGUUGAGCGAGAUGAUUUCGGUGCCGGAACCUCAUCCAAGUCGACCAAGCUCGUUCACGGUGGUGUCCGUUACCUCCAGAAGGCUGUCUUCGAGCUCGACUACGAGCAGUACAAGAUGGUGCGAGAGGCUCUCCACGAGCGAAAGACUUUCCUCAAGAUUGCUCCUUACCUUUCCGACCACCUUCCCAUCAUGCUUCCCGUCUACAAGUACUGGCAGAUCCCUUACUACUGGGCCGGUACCAAGAUGUACGACAUUCUCGCCGGCUCUGAGAACAUGGAGAGCUCUUACGUUCUCGGCAAGGGUAAGGCGCUCGAGGCUUUCCCCAUGCUCAAGUCAAGCGGUCUUGCUGGUGCCGUUGUCUACUACGACGGUCAGCACAACGAUACACGAAUGAACGUGGCUCUUGCCAUGACUGCCGUUCACCACGGCGCCGUUGUUGCCAACCACACGGAAGUUGUCAAGAUCCACAAGAAGCCUGUUGAGGGCAAGCCUGACCAGAUUUGCGGUGCUCGUGUUCGCGACCUCCUCAGCGGUGACGAGUGGGAUGUCAAGUGCAAGUGUCUCAUCAAUGCUACCGGUCCCUUCUCUGACACUCUGCGCAAGCUCGACGCUCCUACCGCUCAGGAGAUCGUCGCUGCUUCGUCCGGUGUGCACAUCACUCUUCCCGGUUACUUCUCGCCCCGCGACAUGGGUUUGAUCGACCCUCAGACCUCGGAUGGUCGUGUUAUCUUUUUCUUGCCGUGGCAGGGUAACACGAUUGCCGGUACUACCGACACUGCUGCUCCCGUCGAGGCUCACCCUCGUCCCAAGGAGGAAGAGAUCCAGUGGAUUCUCGACGAGGUGCGCAACUACCUUAGCCCGGAUAUCAAGGUUCGACGUGGUGACGUUCUGAGUGCUUGGUCGGGUCUGCGACCUCUGGUCAAAGACCCUGCUGCUACCGACACACAGUCAUUGGUGCGAAACCACAUGAUCAACGUCUCCGAGUCCGGACUGCUCACCAUUGCCGGUGGUAAGUGGACUACGUACCGUGAGAUGGCGGAACAGACAGUUGACCGUGCCAUCGACGAGUUCAAGCUGAAGCCUCAGCGUGCAUGUGUUACCAAGAACACAAGACUGUUGGGAAGCCACGGUUGGACCAAGACGAUGUACGUCAAGUUGCUGCAGCGAUUCGGACUUGAGACCGAUGUCGCACGUCACUUGUCGCAGACUUACGGCGACCGCGCAUGGAGUGUCUGCUCGAUCGCCGAGCCGACUGGUCAGAGGUGGCCAGUGCACGGCAAGCGUAUCGACCAGCUUUACCCUUACAUUGAGGCCGAGAUUCGAUACGCAUGCCGAAGCGAGUACGCCGCUACUGCACAGGAUUUCAUUGCUCGUCGAACACGAUUCUCCUUCCUCAACGCCGAGGCUACGAUUGAUGCUUUACCGCGAGUGAUUGAUGUGAUGGCCGAGGAGCUUGGAUGGGACGAGAAGCGCAAGAAGCAGGAGUGGGCUGAGAGCGUUGUCUUCAUGGCCAGCAUGGGUCUUCAGCCCGCCCGUGUGGAGCAGCUCAAACAGACUUCACUUGACGAGAUGCGAAAGAACCGCGAGGGACAGCAGAAGGCACACAAGAUCUCUUCGCUCGGAUCGGCUUCGCUGGAUGAGAAGGAUGCGCUUGCUAUUACCGGCCGUGCCUCGUUCAGCUCAGAGGAGAUGGAGGAGUUGCGUGGCAAGUUCAAGCUGCUCGAUGUCAACGACGAUGGCAAGCUCGACUCGAAGGAUCUCAAGAAGGUGUUGCAACGUAUUGGAUACUCGGACGUCGAUGACUCGACAUUGCGCGGUAUCGUGAACGAGGUCGACUUCACCAAGACGGGUGCACUUCAUUUUGAAGACUUCUUGGACGUCUUUGCUGCUCUCAAGGAUGCUCGUUUGGAGAACGCUUUCACUCACAUUCUGAGCGAGAUGGACUCUCAAGGUCUUCAGCCUCGCUCACAUGACCCUGUUGGACCUGCUGCUAAGGAGAGGUCGGAGCGAAGGGAUGCUAGCCGUACCAUUCCUGUUGAGAAGAGCGGUGGUGGAUGGUAA